GGCAGGUGAGAGAGAGAGAGAGAAAGAGAGAGAGAGAGCAAAAAAAAAGACCCCAAAAUGACCCAUUUCCCUGAGGCAGAGAGGAAGGGCUGCACAGAAAUCCUGCAAUCCCUGGACGUCAGUGACCUGCUGUCCCUGAGCGACACCCUGAGCUGCAAGAACAACAGUGGAAUACACCCAACAGAUGCCAUCGGAAUGGUUCUGAAUUGCAGCCAAAGUGCUGAGGAGCUGUUGAAACGGAGGAAGGUUCUGCGAAAAACGAUCUUCCAGUACUUGAUAAAACACGAAGUGCCCGUGUUAUCGUCUUUAGACAAACAGCAACUCAUUGACAAGGCUUUACAUUACUGGAGCGAUCAAGGAAGGAAGAGGAGAAUCCCGAAGAUUCCGGCUGUAAUUUAUACGCCGAAGCCAGUUCAGAAGACAGAUCUGGUUCAGAAAAUGCAGCAGGAAUUGGAGGUGGCCAAGCGCGGGGCGAUAGCGGAAAUCAAGGAGCAGGCAAGGAGAACAGCGGAACAGAUGCUUCAACGGGCAAAGGAUGAGGCGAGGAGCCCGCCGAGGGUAGCGCUGAAUAUUAAUAUGAAUAUUUCACAGCAGGCACAAGCGCAGCCUCAGAAAGAGCCCGUGGAGAACCCUGAUGGCCGGGUGUUCAGUGAGCAGUUCGGUCAAUGGUUCUUUGAGCUUCUGAAUUCACAAAACCCUCUGUUCGGCCGGCCCCCUGGAGACUGGGGCCCACAGCACUUUUGGGACGAUGCCGUCCUUUACUUCUCCUACUGCACCCACGAGGAGCGGCUUGAGGAGCAUCACGGAGCCUCGGUGGUCAGUCAGCGUCUGGUGUCCCUGGUCAAGGAUGAACGACUGCUCUUCAACCCUAACCUCAGUGCUGAUGGGCUGAAGUGCACAAGUAGCUCGCAUGGGCUGAUAGCUCUGGCCGUCGCUGGCACCGUUCACAAUGGUCCUCAGUGCCUGGGUCUGUUCGAGCAAGCCUUUGGGCUGAUCCGCUCUUCUGUCGGCGUUUGCAACUGGAAAAUCAAGUUUUCCAAACUUCACAUCAAAGCUCUGAGUAACCAGAAGAGCAACCUCCUACCCUGUGUUUCCGUGCAGGUGACCAUGCUGCAGCAGUAUCUCAAUGAGCUACACGCUUCCUCCAAGUUUGGAGUUCUGUAAGGUAGCGGUUAGCACGCUCACCUCACAAAUGAAGAGACUUGUGUUUGAUUC